UCCCCCAUUUGGCAGUCCCAAUACCCUCACAAGCCAGCCGCGGCAGAGGGGAUCAGGGACACUAUAGAGGGACUCAUUAAGUCAGGAGUACUGGAGCCCUCUCAGUCUGCCUGGAACACACCCAUUCUCCCGGUAGAAAAGGCAGCAACUGGUAAAUAUCGCAUGGCACAUGAUCUCAGAAAGAUAAACAACAUGCUGGUAACGACAACGGUACCCGUCCCGAACCCAUACACUGCGUUGACUAGUCUAACACCACAACAACAAUGGUUCACGUGCAUUGAUUUGGCAAACGCGUUCUUUUGCGUACCCCUACAGGAAAACUUGCGGGAUGUAUUCUCAUUCACAUAUGGGAACAAGCAACUACGUUAUACUCGGCUACCGCAAGGAUUUGCUCUUUCACCUGGUAUUUUCAAUCAUGUGUUAAAACAAGCAUUGACAGGUUGUCCGCUCCCAGAGGGCACGACGCUGAUCCAAUACGUCGACAAUAUCCUCCUCGCAUCCACUUCAGCUGAAUCCUGUGUGGAAGCAACAGACACCAUCUUACGCUGGUUGGCCACGACCGGUUUCAAGGUCAGUAAGUCAAAGUUGCAGGUCGCCAGGCGGCAGGUUUCGUUUCUGGGGAGAGUGCUGUCAGGAAGCGGCUCAGGGCUCUCAGCCGCGCACAGGUCCAGUAUUCUCCACCAUUCGCGUCCACAGAAUGUAAAGGAAAUGCUUUCCUUCCUAAGACUCACGGGGUUCAGCAGACAAUUCAUUCCGCGUUAUUCAAAUCUCACUCAGAUUCUACGUGCAAAGGUAAACGAGAAGGGGAUGAGGAACCUCACUGCUAAACUCGAAUGGGACCAAGGGGCGAAGGAGGCAUUUAUUACACUAAAAACAGAGCUGGCGCAGGCCGCAGACCUUGCAGUUCCAGAUUACAGCGCGCCGUUUUACCUGGACGUUUCUGAAACAACAGGGGUAGUAAAUGGGGUUUUGUUUCAGAAAAAGGGGGAGGGUAAAAGGAAGGUGCUUCUGUAUAUCAGUGCCAUGAUGGACAACAUGGAAAAACGAUACCAUGAAUGCACACAACACGCAGCAGGGGUUGCAAAGCUAUUAAUGAAAACAGCACACAUAGUCAUGGGCCACCCACUACACGUGCUAACAACACACAGCAUAGUAGCUUAUGUAAACUCACAAACUUUCACGAUGACGUCACUAAGACAAAGAAGGCUGAGCAAGCUGUUAGAAGCUCCAAACCUCACCUUCACACAUGAAGGCAUCAACAUGGCUGAUCACAUGAGAGAGGGGAAACCACACCAAUGUGAGUACAAGGUGGAGCUGGAAGCAAAAGCACGAACCGACUUAAAAAGCACACCACUGACACACUUUGAUUGGCAAUUGUUCACUGAUGGCAGCUGCUUCAGACAUCCACAACAUGGGUUGCAGUCCGGAUACGCGGUAGUCAGAAGUAAUGGGGCAGGAACAGAGGUUCUGGAAGCGGGAAGAAUUCAGGGUCAACAGUCAGCACAGAGAGCGGAGGUACUCGCGCUGAUAAGAGCGCUACAGCUGGCAGAAGGGAAGGCAGUAAACAUCUAUACUGACUCGGCUUAUGCGGUAGGAGCAGCUCACGUGGAGCUGGGGCAGUGGUUAAGAGCAGGUUUUCUGACGGCUGGAGGAAAACCGAUUAAACACGAACCAGAAAUGAAAGACUUGGCGGCAGCCUUGGCUCUACCAAGCACAGUGGCCAUUAUAAAGUGUAAAGGACACGAGCAGUCCAACAGCACGGUGGCAAAGGGAAACCAGGCAGCAGAUCAAGCUGCAAAACAGGCUGCAGGGUAUCAAAUGGGGCUCCAAAUGGUAAAUGCAGAAGAAGAGGGACAGUUGGGGCCACAACUUAAUGAGGAGCAAAUUGCAGAAGCCCAAAAGGGGGCGUCUCCACAGGAGAAAACGGUGUGGAAACAAAGAGGGGCUACGGAGGCUGGAGGCCUCUGGAGGUCCCCGGACGGUCGUCCAGUGCUACCACCUGAAAUCAGAAACAGGUGUUUGCAGGAGGCACACGGGAUGGCACAUGUGGGACACAAACAGAUGAAUAGGAAUCUUUGUCACUGGUGGCAUCCGUUUUUGGCAGACAUGACACGUGAAUAUGUUAAGACCUGUAAAAUAUGCAUCACGUUUAACCCAAAACCGACGGUGAAGCCGGAGAUGGGGGUGUUUCCGUUGACAUUGGUCCCGGGACGGGAAAUAGUCAUCGACUACACUGACAUGAUCACCCGAUGCGAAGGUAAAAGGUAUCUCCUGGUAUGCGUGGACGCCUUGACCGGCUGGCCAGAGGCGUGGCCCACAAAAAAAGAGGACAGUAAAUCUGUUAUCAAAUGUUUGAUAAACCAUUACAUACCAAGACAUGGGUUCCCUGAGAAAGUCAGGUCUGACAACGGCACACACUUCAAAAAUCAUGACCUACAAGAAGUGGAGAGAAUGUUGGGUCUGAAACAUGCUUUUGGUACAGUAUAUCACCCCCAAUCCCAAGGGAAAGUAGAACGCAUGAACCAAAACUUAAAACAAAAAUUGGCUAAAAUCUGUGCACAGACAAAUUUAACCUGGGUUCAAGCCCUCCCACUUGCAUUAAUGGCCAUCAGAAGCUCAGUCAAUCAGGGUACAGGUUUCACCCCAUACGAGCUGACCACUGGAAGACAGUUUCCCGGACCAAGCGCAGGCUUGAAGCUCCAGCCUGACCCGGAGACACCGACAGGUGAGUAUGCAAGUCAAUAUAACGAACUACAAGCUCUCGUUUCAGAUUUUGCGGUCCAGGUGCAAGACAGAACCGGAGGGCAGAACACCCCUGAUCCCCACACAACAGCCUGGGUCCUCCUGAGGGUCAUUAAGAGGAAGUGGUCGGAGCCACGGUGGACAGGACCAUACCAGGUGGAGGAGAGAACCUCACACGCUGUGAGGCUGAGAGGGAAAGGGGACACCUGGUACCACUGGAGCCAGUGCGCCCCCGCGGACGAACCGGGUCGCACUCUUCAGGACAUCCUGACAACGCAGCAGAAAGAGACGGAACUGGGCACUGGAUAGUGCCCGGACGUGCUCUCGGCGGGCAGUGACCGACAGACACCCAGUGCAUGGUGUUCUGUGUUGACUGUCUACAACGAAAGAAGAAGACCAGCGACGAAGAAAUGCACAAUGCUAUCCUCUCCUCUCCUCUGUUCUAUCUUUCUCAAUUCUCCGCAGUUAGUUUAGUUGAAAUAGAGAAUGUUGAGUACGCUUAAUAUUUCCAUAAUUGCUAUGGGGGGGGGGGGGUAACGGUUGUUAUUGCAUUAGCUCUUAUAUACUUAGCUGUCACAGGUUCCACCUUGUUUGUUUGAGUGUUAUUACAGUGUUGAUACUAUACAGCUUGG